GGAUAAGUGGCACUGCUCUUUGUAGCUCUUAACCCUCUUUGCAACUGGAUUCCAUGCUUAUGUGGUUCCUCUUUGUUCUCAACAUGCACAAAGACUUUUUUUUUAGCCUGAUCUUCUGAGGAAGUGAGGGUAGCAGGGUUGCACUAGGACUUUGAGGUGACUGGAACACAGCAGCUAAUUGUGAGUGAAAUUAGUAGGAGGACAGGCUUUGUGAUGAAAGGGGGAGGCAUGCAUAUGUCUUCUGCUAAGAAAGGCUUUUUGAUGUUUGAAAUACAUAAAGUGAUGAAGGCAAAGGCAGAACAUGGCUGCUAAAAAGCCCAAGUUUAGUACAUCUUCCCUAACAAAGAUUUUUUAAUUCCCUUUAUUUUUUUACUGUUGGCUUCUACAGGCUUGUAUUCCUAUCCAUAGUAUCGUACUAAGUCCCCCAACUACCAUUUAUCCUUUGCAUAGCUAAAUACCUUAGUGCCUCACAUUUAGUGUCACUGGAUUUAUGAGGGAGAUGGGGAUUAAAAUGUAGAUUGAAUAGGCUCAACUUGGAAUUAAUCUUGUCUCAGCCUCAGGCAUCAGGUUUGCAGCAGUUGGUAUUUCCAGUUCCACUUCUGUUAGUGAACAUUAUCACUACACUCCUGUGCUUUGCUUUAUGUGCAUACUGAUAAUAUUGUACUGAAACCUGUGUCCCAUUCAUCAUACAUGGGUGUGACUUCACACAGCCCGAGCAAAGAAACAGUUGAAACGGAGCCAGAUGGUCUUGUAUUAGUUGGAAAAGAAGAUGACAUAAUAAAGUCCCAAAGAAUAACAGCCAAAGUCAAUGGCAGAGAAGUUGUUGUUUUCUACCGUGAAGGGAGAUUUUAUGCUCUGGACUCUCGCUGUUACCAUGAAGGUGGCCCUUUACAUCUUGGAGAAAUAGAGGACAUCAAUGGUCAGCCAUGUAUUAUCUGUCCUUGGCAUAAGUAUACAAUCGCACUGGAAACGGGAGAAGGAUUAUAUCAAGGAGUAAACCCUUUGGAGCCAUCACCAACACCACAGUGGCAGUCAAAAGGAGUUAAACAAAGGAUUUAUAAAGUUACAGUACAGAAUAAGAAUGUUUAUGUGAGUCCUCCAGAUCUGUCUGUAAGUUUUGACUCUGAUUAUUUUGCUGAGAAGUACAAAAAUGAGGGUGAUUUAGCUAUGAAAAAAUAAAGCAAAUCACAAUCAUCAGAGCAGGUUUUGGAAGGAAAACAAAAACCUGCUGAAUGUCUCUAUGUAGAAUUGUCAUGAAAUGAAAAUAUAACAUGGCUGUCAAUAUUGUUUCCAGCUUAAAUUCUAAUGUUAAUAUAAUGAACUCAGUAUUGUAGAAAUCAAUAAGAUAAGGAGCUCUGCAUAACUGGGGAUAUGACUGAGCCUGUGCCAGUGAUUUUUUGUUUUUACUUCUGAAUUUCAAUAAUACUUAUUUGCAGCAGAGCUCUUAUAGUGCUUAUUGUUUUUUAAAUCAUCUUUUGCUAGAAUUAUUUUAAGUUUCAGGAGGGAAUGUUAUAUAUUACUGCAUAUUAAACAUUUUUUUAGUUCAAGAUAAAUAGUCUAGUAUAAAGGUUAUGUUCAUAUAUGCAACAGUUUGUACUUAGAAUGCCUUCUGUUUAACUGAUGUAGAAUUUUAUAACUUCAUAGAUAUGUGAGAAAUUUCUGCAUUUUUUUUUUAUAAAUCUGAAAGGCCAGAUUUUCACAAAGAGAAGUGCAAAAUCUGAGCACAUUCUGAUAUUCAUCUUCAUGCCUACUCCUAUAUUGCUAUGAAGAUUUUAUGAAAGCGUUUAUUUUUCUUUUCUUUAUUGAACUCUUCUGGCAGUUCAAGUAAUCAGACAUAUAUUUGUCAAGUGUAAAUUGUUCUUCCUGAUUCUAUUGUUGGAUAAGAAAGAAACUGUUCAGUAAAAAAAGACUGAUAUGAAAGA